UGGGGCUCCAGAUAAUGACUUUUGGCCCCAAACACAGCAAAGAACAUGCCUUUUCCUGAUGUUCUGGGAACAGUCAAAGCUGAACUGCAGGGCCUGACCCUGAAUAUGCCUUUGGCAUUUCCCUAUAUACAGAAUAGUUUAAGGGCUCUUUUUUUAAAAUUGGAAACUGACUUGAGUAAUUUUGUAAAACCCUUAUCUAGAGCAUGCAUCCGGUUAUCUCACAGAAAUUUCAACUUGGUAAAGAAGCCUAGAGCUGAUUUCUGUUUUCCAGAAUUCUCUUAAUUGCUGGUGUUGAACAGAAGUCUCAACACAGACAGGCACAAAGAAGGUUGUUGCUGAGACUCACUCCAAGAAAACACAGAAGGAGAAAUCUAAAAGCUCAUUUCAGGAUGAAGCUUCAAAAGAAAAGAAGUAAUUUUAACAUAAACAAAAGUUGUCGGUGGAUGAUCAGCAGAUGCAAGAGGAUUCUUCUUUCAGCUACCACAGGUCCUGUGAUGAGACUGAGGUUCCGAGGUGGGCAGCUGGCAUUCCUGCUGCUGCUCUGCAGCCUGCAGACACGCUCGGGGCAUGCUGAGGUUGCAAUUAAAGUCAGCUUUGACUUGGCUCCAGGUUCCUUUGAUGAUCAGUACCAAGGCUGUAGCAAAGAGGUCAUGGACAAGCUAAAUCAAGGAGAUUACUUCACAGAUGAAAUAGAUGCCCAUAAAAAUUACUUUGAUAUAUGGAAAAAAGCUCACUUAACCUGGCUGAGCAAAGAAAAACCUCUCCCCGCCAACAUGACAAUGAUACAUGCGAUGGCUCUCUUGGUUUAUACAUUGAAUAACCACCUGCGCUCUGACUUUUCCGGGGCCAUGGCCAGUGCUGCCGGGUCUCCACAGCAGUACAAACAUUCAUUCCACUUCAAAUAUCUGCACUACUACUUGACCUCAGCGAUCCAGCUGCUGAGGACAGAACUCAGCAUGAAGAAUCACACUCAGUGUUAUGAGGUAUACCAUGGUAUGAAGGACGUCCACCUUGUAGCCAACAUAGGUGACACAGUCCGAUUUGGCCAGUUCCUCUCUACCUCUCUCCUAAGAGAAGAGGCACAAACAUUUGAGACAAAAACACUAUUUACCAUAUUUACUUGUCUGGGUGCACCUGUACAAGACUUCUCCCUCCAGAAGGAAGUCCUGAUCCCUCCCUAUGAGUUGUUUGAAGUUGUAAAUACAAGCUACCACCCAAAAGGAGAUUGGUUGCAAUUGCGAUCAGCCGGAAAUCUGAGCACAUAUAACUGCCAGUUACUAAAAGCUUCUGGCAAGAAGUACAGCGCUACUCCCGUGGUCACUGCGUCUUUCUGCUUCUUAACCAGUGUUAUCAUCUCUUUCAAAAGCACAGUGUAGAGAAAUUCUGUGACUCCGUUAAAAUAGAAGUGAAAUGAAAACUUGUUUUUUGGUAGAAAUGGGAAUGUAUUUGCCAUGAAAGACAAUCUGCCCACACUUCUGCUGAGAGCAGUGCCUGGCUUCCUCUUGGUUGGUUCUGCUUUUGGCUUCUCUGUACCUCCUUGCCAAUCAGGGUACCCUGGGAAGUCACUCAACCCAGCUGUCAUUUGACGCGGAACUAGUUGUACUCAGUGCCUACAACUGACUUGUAACUCAGUCCUGAGCUACUCAGUAUAAUUCUGCUCCAUGAACACAGAGAUUUAUGCUAAAAAAAGAAAAUAUGAUAUACCAUCAUGGUGCUUUUCUUUAAAACUAGUUUGGGUAGCAGUGAGGAUUCUUUCUUCCCAAUGGAGAGGAACAGAAGCAGGGUAUGAGCUUAUAGUUGCUAGUAACUACCUUACCACCUGGAAAGGAGACCCUGCCUCCCUAAUAUAGGAGCUAACACAAGGAAGGAAGACACUGAGACCCCCUGACAGUGUAUGAACCUCUGUCCGGAUCCAACUGGACCUGAAGCUGGAUACCUGGAGCUUCUUCAUUACAUAAAUCAAUAAAUUAUGCUAUCAACAUAA